GCGCUUCCGCAAUUACCACAAAUCAUACACAUUUGUUUGAAAUAAAACAAUCAGCCAAUGGGUACGUUCACCAAUCAAUUAUGAAUUUUUCUUGAACUUUGAUAAUCUGAGCGUAUAAAAUGGGCUACAUUUCAUUGGGAGGCGUAGCUUUUUGCUAAACACUUCCCAGUGACCGUUCCACAGCGAUGUUGAGAUUAAGCCCAGAAGACCCGAAGGCAGUUAUGCCUGUCGUGAAGCGUCUGUUGAAGUUGUCCGGAUUAACCCAAGAGACGACGCGCUUUGGAGCAAUCAACUUCCUGAAUUUGUUCAUCUACAUUGCUGCCGUUUUGGUACCGAAGGUGUGCUUUCCCUAUCCCAACACCGAAGCCAUGAUACGAGGCUUAAGUGAGCUAAUCUUUUUCACCAACGUUUACGUGGGCUUCUUCUGCUUCAUCAGUCAGCAUCGCCACUACAGAGAUCUGCUGAAUGCGAUUGACUCCUUCGUUGAUGUGGUGUACCCCACUGCGACUCAUCCGUCAGAUUCCCCGUCGGAGCAAAUUCUGAUCAAGUUUAAUGUAAAGAUACAAAAGCUAUCGGUAGUGUUCUGCUGGUACAUAGCGGUGACAGCCACCUUCUACUGGCUGGCACCAUGCCUGAUGACGUACCGCUCUAUAUACAAGGCAUCGGUUAGUGUUGAAAAUGGAUCGGUCCAAUCGAUCCAGUACUACCCUAACCUGGAGGAAUCGUUUUACUGGCUUGAUAAUCAUAGUUCUGUGUACGGUUAUGCCGCGUUUAGCAUAGUAGCGCUGCUAGUGUUUACUGUCGCUUCGUACAACAAUGCCACAAAGCUGCUAACCAUCUUAACCACGAUCAAGUAUUGCAACACGCUUCUUCAGCUGGUCAUUAUAGAGGUUGAUAACUUGAACCACGCCACCUCAAAUGCCAUCGAUCGAGAGUUGAAACAAGUGAUUCAAUUGCAUCAGCGGGCUGUUCGCUGUGUCGCGCUACUCAAUCAAACGCUAAGCUUUGUAAUUACCGUACAGCUCGCUCUGUGCAUCCUGACCUGGUGCUUCACGCUUCUCUACAUCCUCACCGUUGGGCUGGAUGUGACGGGAAUGAACGGAUUGCUGAUUAUGUUCAACAUGACGCUCGAGAUGUUUGGCUACUGUUUCUUCUGCACCGAACUAGCCACCACCGGUACGCUCAUUGCCCGCCAAUCGUACGAGUUCCGAUGGGAGGAACAUGAUCGGAAAAUUCAAAAAAUGAUUUCAACCAUUGUGGCCCGCAGUCAGCUACCGCUACGCAUUACGGCGUGCGGAUUCAUCACGGUCAACGUGGAGCUAUUCGCCAAGGUGAGAAUGCAAGUGUGUUUGCGUACUAAUAGUCGAUCGAGAAUGUAUUCUCCUCCUGGAAACAUGUUGUCUUUCAGGUCAUUAAGACAACUUACUCGGUUUUCAUUGUGCUGAAGGAUUUCAUAUAAAGCCUGGGAUGGUGCAGUUAUUCAUUUGUUAAUUGCGUCAAACAUUUAGCUCCAAAGUUGACUAAGACAUGCAUAUGUCAGCCCGUCCUGCACGUUUCGUACCGUAGGCUGACGUCGUUGCCUGAAUGUCCCAUUUGUGCUACGCACGGUAGAGUAUAAUUGGAAUCGAAAUAAACGAAGCAAGAUAUAACUCACGAGAGCAUACCAUAACGAAUGAGCUUUUCUUUUUAAAUCACCCAAUCAAUGUAAUGUCAACUUCCAACGACAUUUGUUU